AUAAUGAUGGUAGCCCAUUUAACCCGAACAUUUUUCGAUUUAGGAAUACCCAGGAAAUACCCAUGGAAAGCUACUCGUGGUGCCAAUGGAGGUAGGUACAACAAAGAAGAGCUGAAAGCUGCUGUUUUGGUUAUACAGCAAGGUCAAAACACGAUAAAGGAAGCGGCUGUACAAUACAACAUCCCAAGAACAACCCUUAAACAUCAUGUUAGAUGUACAAGGGGGAAAAUAGACCUUAUGGCAGAAAGUUGCAAGGGAGGAGGAGUAGCGACGAUUUCAGAUGAGGAUGAAAAAAUGUUAGUAGAAGGACUUUUGACAAUGGAAAAGUGGGGGUUUGGUUUGGAAGGAUGUUGCAAUCUUUUGUUAAGGUCAAUGAUGUUACAAACAGGUUUAAAGAUGAACGUCCUGGAGAGGACUGGUUUUUGGGAUUUGAUUAGAAACAUAAAAAAGAAUAUGGCUUAUGCAGCAAAACACAACUCAUAUCAGCCUAGAAGUUUGUAGACUUGUGUACGAACAUAAUGUUACUAUAUUGAAGCUUCCUCCCACACAACCGUACUCCAGCCAUUAGACGUAGCCCUAGACGUAGACCUUUCAAAACUACAUAAGAUAAACGGUGAAAUGGUAGGGACAUAAUCCCUCUCAACAAGAGAAACAGAGAGUUUAAGAACAGAGCUACCUUAAAUCGAAGAACGCUUAGAAUCAGGUGCAGGAAAGAAUCGAAUAUCAGUUGAAGAUAUAUUGCUGGGUGCAGUGAGAACUACAAAAACGAUACUCAUUCGCCAAAAAGGAAAAGAAUCACAUAUUACGAACGCUGAAAUAAUUAUGACAAAAGAAUAUAUUGAAUGACGUGAGCAUGAGAAAAAACAAAGAAAAGAUACCGAAAACAGAAAAAAAUAAA